ACCGGCACCGUCGAGGAUCGAUAUAAACUUUAGAUUAUCGUAUUAGGCUCUCAUCGUUACGGCACAGCAAAACCCCUUACCGUCGAUCAUCCCACAUAUUCAUUCGCAACGGUCAUCCGAAUUCCCCUCCUCUCGGCUCCCGGAUUCCCUGGUAGAUGCGUCGCUCGGUGUUGCUAACGGCAUGGAGGCUCUCCAUCGUCCAACCCGGUCCACACCGGAUGUCCUCAUUCAGAUCAAUUGCUCACGUGCCGCGGUCGCAAUCGCGCCAUCCGCUUCCCCCGGGCUCCCCGAAGCCUGAACCUACCAGCGGCUCCCCGCCCGAUCACCGUCUCUUAGCCGCUGCUCAAGACCUCCUCAUAACCCACCCAGUAUCCCCCGGCUCGCCGCUAUUUCUUCCUCACGGCUCUCGCAUUUUUAACAAACUCACCAACUUUAUUCGCUCGCAGUACGCUCUCUACGGAUACGAGGAAGUCAUUACGCCAACUAUAUACAAAAAAUCUCUAUGGGAAACCUCUGGGCAUUGGGAAAACUACAAGGAACAUAUGUUCAAGGUCACCGGAUGGGAGGCGGAGGGAACAGAGCAAGCAACAAUCGGUGAGCGGGAAAGGAUAGAGGCAGAGGAAGAGUUCGGGUUAAAGCCAAUGAAUUGCCCAGGGCAUUGCCUACUGUUCAAACAUGUUGCGGGUAAACUGAGCUUGAGGGAUUUGCCGGUUAGAUAUGCAGACUUCUCUCCAUUACAUAGGUAUGGACCCCCAUAGAGUUCUGUCACGCCUCCAACCCCCACUUGAGCGACCCACAACAUGAGACCUGCGAUGCCCUUGAACGGGGCAUAUUCCGCUAACAUGAGCAACCAAGGAAUGAGAAUUCUGGAUCCUUGAGCGGUCUCACCAGAGUGCGGAGAUUUCAUCAGGACGAUGCUCACAUCUUCUGUCGCCCAUCCCAAAUUUCCCAAGAAAUAUCAUCAACGCUACAGUUCAUUCAAACGGUCUACAGGGUGUUUCAUCUGCCACCCUACAAACUGAUGCUGUCCACGAGACCGAAGGAGGGUUACAUCGGAUCACUCGAGGAAUGGGAUCGAGCCGAGGCAGCCCUGAAGGCAUCUCUAGACGGAUCCGGCCAGGAAUGGGUGAUCAAUGAGGGAGACGGUGCAUUUUACGGACCGAAGAUUGACACCAUUCUCACGGAUUCUGAUGGAAAGGAGCACCAGACGGCAACAAUACAAUUGGACUUUCAGCUGCCUCAAAGAUUCGGGUUAAAUUACCUCGCACCUGCUCCAGCCGCGGAGCAGAAGGGGAUCCUCAGUACGGAUCCCGAGGAGCUGAAGGAGUCCGGUUUCGCCACGCCCGUGAUCAUACAUCGAGCUAUCCUCGGAUCACUUGAACGUUUCAUGGCGUUGCUAAUAGAGCAUUAUAAUGGCAAAUGGCCUUUUUGGUUGUCACCUCGGCAGGCGAUCGUGAUUCCGGUUGCUAUGACGGAUGAAAUAGUGACAUAUGCACGAGAGGUCAGGAAGGGGAUAUCCGGGUUGUCUGAGGAAACGGGCCGGAUCAAUGCGAAUAGGCCAUUACCAAUGAGCAGACGCACCUUCAACGUCGACAUCGACGAAAGUGGGGGCCUCCUUUCCAGGAAGAUUCGAGCGGCUAGAACCAAGCAUUACAAUUACAUUGUCGUUGUUGGCGAAAAGAAUCUCCAAGCAAAGACUGUCAGUUUGGGCCCGGCAUUUUCUCGGAAUCAGGAGCAAGGGGGCAGAGAAGAGAUGGAAAAAGGUCCGAAGGACAUGCCAGCAGAAGAGGUUUAUCAAAAGUUUGUCGAGCUGGAAAAUGAGUAUGCAUAGAUCAUGUUACAGUACUGUACCUUAGAGCAAAUAAAAAAAAAGCCUCCAGCCAUGGUCGGUGGCUUCCGAGUCCAGUGGUGAAAGUUGGAGAGCAUGAAGAUGUUUGACAGGGAGUUGAUGGACAGGGGUGAAGACCGGGAAAAAAUUGACAGAUAGAGUAACGACUGAGAAAGAAAAAACAAGAAAUGGAGGGAAAAACAAAAAAGAGGCGAAUCGACGCAACCAUACCAGGAAAACCUCGAGCACACGGCACUGAUUAUGCAGGGUAAAACAGGGGACAGCGCAGCACUGUACCGUACGCAUAAGCAUUAAAACGAUGCGGCCAGUGUGAUCGCCGACCCGUUCCUGUUCUUGUAGUCAAUGGCGAUAAGGUGGAUCUGCCCAAUCCAGCAUGAGCAUGAGCUCGCGAAUCUGGUCCCACUGUAUCUCCUCCCGGUCCCUUUGACCGAAAUGAAGAGAGCCAGGGCACAUUUGACAGGAACACAGCUCCUCCCACCACAGUAAAACAACGGGGCCCAUGGUCUCUAUUCUCCCGUGUCCACCAGCACAGCACGGUGCUCAGCGGUGGUGCGGGCACAGCGCCUUGGCUAAAGGUCAGCCAGGGUCUGCACCGUCCGCAGAGUGCAGUGCUGUCAUUUCGUUCCGGCCCAGGUUAAGGUGUAGAGUAAUGAUAUUCCUGUGCUUUAUUUCGACAUGCCCAUACUUGCAGAAUUGUAGCGUACUGUACGGUACAUGGCGUCAUACUCGCUAUACCUACCCCAAGCCAAGUUACCGUUAGUCCACGGUUGUUUCCAUAACAUUAGGGAUUCCUUCCAUUGAACAGCACUCGAGUAUAUAUCAUCCCGGUAGCCAAAAUCCAUCAGGCCUCCACCCACACAGUCCCCCAUUAUGGAUGCAUACGGGACUCCUGUACCGUGAUAUGAUACCAUAUCAUAAGAUGUCAAAGCCCU